AUGCUCUACAUUAGCGACCCGAUGCAGCAUUAUACCACGUCCCAGUUCAAUUUGCUGAACAACAGCAUGGAUCAGAGCAUCGGCAGCAGAGCAGCCUCCACCAGCCCCUACAGCUCCGAGCACACCUCCAAUGUCCCAACGCAUUCGCCCUACUCGCAGCCCAGCUCUACCUUCGACGCCAUGUCCCCAGCUCCCGUCAUCCCCUCCAACACUGACUACCCCGGUCCCCACCACUUUGAGGUGACCUUCCAGCAAUCCAGCACCGCCAAGUCAGCUACCUGGACAUACUCCCCGCUGCUGAAGAAACUCUACUGUCAGAUUGCAAAAACAUGUCCCAUCCAGAUCAAGGUGUCCACCCCCCCGCCCCCGGGCACCAUCAUCCGGGCCAUGCCCGUCUACAAGAAGGCAGAGCACGUCACCGAGGUGGUGAAACGCUGCCCCAACCACGAGCUCGGCCGCGACUUCAACGACGGCCAGUCAGCCCCAGCCAGCCACCUCAUCCGGGUGGAAGGCAACAAUCUCUCCCAGUACGUGGACGACCCCGUGACGGGAAGGCAGAGCGUGAUGGUGCCCUACGAGCCCCCGCAGGUGGGGACCGAGUUCACCACCAUCCUCUACAACUUCAUGUGCAACAGCAGCUGCGUGGGAGGAAUGAACAGGAGGCCCAUCCUCAUCAUCAUCACCCUGGAGACGAGAGACGGCCAAGUCCUAGGAAGGAGAUCGUUCGAGGGACGGAUCUGCGCCUGUCCCGGCAGAGACCGGAAAGCUGACGAAGACCAUUACCGAGAGCAACAGGCCCUGAACGAGAGCGCAGCUAAAAACGGCAACGCCAACAAACGCACGUUCAAGCAGAGCCCCCAGGGCAUCCCAGCACUGGGGGCCGGCAUGAAGAAACGGAGGCACGGGGAGGAGGACAUGUAUUACGUGCCUGUGCGAGGCCGGGAGAACUUCGAGAUCCUGAUGAAGAUAAAGGAGAGCCUGGAGCUGGUGGAGCUGGUCCCGCAGCAGCUGGUUGACUCCUACCGGCAGCAGCAGCAGCAGCUCCUGCAGAGGCAGAGCCAGCUGCAGACGCCUUCCUCCUACGGUCCCGUCCUUUCCCCCAUGAACAAAGUUCACGGCGGAGGAAUCAACAAGCUGCCCUCUGUCAACCAGCUGGUAGGGCAGCCGGCGCAGCACAGCUCCGGCUCCGCGCCCAGCCUGGGCCCGAUGGGACCCGGAAUGCUCAACAGUCACCCCAUGCAACCCAACGGAGAAAUGAAUGGGGGCCACUCCUCCCAGUCCAUGGUCUCCGGAUCGCACUGCACCCCCCCUCCGCCCUACAACCCCGAUCCCAGCCUCGUCAGUUUUUUAACAGGAUUGGGGUGUCCAAACUGCAUCGACUAUUUCACCUCACAAGGGUUACAGAAUAUUUACCACCUGCAGAACCUAUCCAUAGAGGAUCUCGGAGCACUGAAGAUCCCGGAGCAGUACAGGAUGAUCAUCUGGAGAGGUCUGCAGGAGCUCAAACAGAGCCACGACUACGGGGCCCAGCAGCUCAUCCGCUCCAGCAGCAACGCCUCCACCAUCUCCAUCGGCAGCUCGGGCGAGCUGCAGCGGCAGCGCGUGAUGGAGGCCGUGCACUUCCGCGUGCGCCACACCAUCACCAUCCCCAACCGCGGCGGGGCCGACGAGUGGGCAGACUUUGGGUUCGACCUCCCGGACUGCAAAUCUCGCAAACAGUCCAUAAAGGAAGAAUUCACGGAGGGAGAGAUCAACUGA